AGCGUUAUGAGUGCGACGUGUGUGGCAAGGCCUGUCGGAACCCGAGCCGGCUGGAGAUCCACCGGCGGGUGCACACGGGAGAACGCCCCUUUGACUGCUCGGAGUGCGGCAAGAACUUCACCUGCUAUGACACCCUGCUGCAGCACAACCGCGUGCACUCCAGCGAGAGGCCAUUCACCUGCUCCGACUGCGGCAGCGGCUUCAAGACGAUGAAUCACCUGAAGUACCACCGGCGAGUGCACAUGGUCGAGAAGCCCUAUGGCUGCUCCACCUGCGGCAAAGGCUUUGUCCGGAAGUCAGGGCUGCGGGACCACCAGCGGGUACACAGCAGUGAGAGGCCCUUCACCUGCUCCGACUGCGGCAAAGGCUUCAAGUCGCCCAAGGACCUGAAGAAACACAGACGCGUGCACACCGGGGAGCGGCCCUACACCUGCAGCGACUGCGGCAAGGGCUUCACCCAGUCCAACUAUCUGCUGGUGCACCAUCGCACCCACACCGACGAGCACCCCUACACCUGCGCCCAGUGUGGCAAGGGCUUCACCCAGUCCAAUCACCUGCUGGAGCACCAGCGCACCCACACCGGCGAGCGCCCUUACACCUGCGCCCAGUGCGGCAAGGGCUUCAACCGCUCCACCAGGCUGCUCUCCCACCAGCGGGUGCAUGCCAGCGACCAUCCCUUCCUCAGCCCGGUGUGUGGAGAGCGCUUUGCCAUGGCCUCACACGCUCUGUCUCACCAGCGUGUGCACACCUAGAUAUGUUUGCUAAUGACAUUCCCUGUAGGAGGGAGGGGAGGAGAGUCAGACCAUGCUGUCUGCAUAAGUGAGGUUGUGGGCCCAGUGCUGAGGUGAUGUUCUGGCCCGCUGGUGGCCGUGGAGAGAGUGUGUGUGGG